AUGGGCACUCCCAUCGAAGCUCCUAUCCUGGACAUGCUUCGGCAAUGGCUGGGCGAGGACACUUUCUCUUCAGUGAUGUCAAAGUCUCCGCCCACGCCGACCGUCGUCCCGGCGAAGGCUGGGGCUCCGGUGUCGGCGCCGGAGCCGGUGGUCAAGGCGAAGGCUGCAGUUGCAGUGCCUGCGCAGCCGCCCUUGGUCGUCAUCCGCGAGGGCGUCGCCAAGCAGGACAAGGGUCUGGUGCGCGCAGCCCUGCGCAUGGCCGUUGAGCAGGGCACGCAGAUCGACAAGCCCGUCUUGGACAUGCUUCGAAAGUGGUUGUCUGAGGAGGACGAGUCGCUGAACAUCCUCGCAGCGAGAGCUGGGAUGCCGAUCCCCGAACCCAAGGCUUCGCAGGAAGCUCUCGCUGUAUCAACCGUAAAAGCCGCUGCUCCGGCACCCGUCCUUGUGGCCGCCCGUCCACCGGCACCUACCGCUGCCGCCGCUGCGGUGCCACUACCGCCAGGCAUCGCCCAAGCACGCGAAGCAGCGCCUGCAGUAACAGAGGCCGCGCCGGCGCUCCGGGAGCAAACGCCAAAGGCGACACCCGCCGAGAAGCGGCCGCCCCCACAGCCGGUGAUUCGGCGAGGUCCCAUGCUAAAGUCUGCGACGGCCUCGGCUGCUGCGCCUCCGCCCCCGGACUUGGAUGCGUCGUUUGAAUCUUUCCUCCAGGAACUGAAUGUUGAGAACGUUCCAGCGCCUGAGGAGUCGGAACAGACCAAGUCUGAUCCUCAACCUGCAACCAAGCGGCGGAAAGCAGAGGAGGACGAGUCGACCAGUGCACCUCCACCGCCGGAAGAGGAUCAGCCACCGCCGCCUGCAGAGCCGGCCAAGAAGCCUCCGCCCAUGCGCAGCCCCCCAGAGAAGCCGAAGAAGCCCUCGGGGCCAACGAAGGACGAGUGGGGCCGAGAAGUGGUUGAAGAAAGCACCAGCGACGAGAAAGAAGCAUGGCAGUACAUCCAGGAAGCACAGGCAGCUGCGAAAGCCAGCGUUUGGGGCGCGGGAAAUUUCAUCGACUUCAACAACUUCAAGUGA